CUUUUGUUUUCGUUGUUUUCGUAACAGAAUAUUAUUAUUUUUUUACUGUGUGUGUUUGUCUGGCCGAAUAAUAAAUAGCAGUUUUCCGACAUUCAUUUUUAAUAAUACAAAUAAUGUCUCAUCAAAUAUGUGACUGUGAAAUCAAAAAAUUUUUUUUCUUAGUUUCAUUCAUGUGCUUUGUACAGUACUUGGCGAGAUUGCAGUAGAUACAUUAUAUAUGACAAAAUAGAGAAGGAGAAACAUUUUGAUGCGCGUCGUGUUCACCUACCACUCCCCGCACCUUGAUUACAAGCCGGUUCACCACUGUAUGUCGGCCGAGUAAUUUAGCGGCCAAUGAAAUGAGGAGAACUACGACUAUGGUUGGGAAAGGUGGGAUACGCUAACAAGUAACAGUACCGUCAGUACUUCGUCUCGUCAUCUCGUAGUGUUGCCGACAUACCUAUCUAUUUUGUCAUGUUAUUAUGUAUGUAAUAUACUUAAAGCAUACUAUAUCUUUGAAAAAUACGACACGCGAUACAUAACCACCAAACUAUUCUUGGAUGACUGGAUUAAGUACCACGAGAAAACGUACACCUCAAAACACAAUCAUCGGUCUAUAGGAGACCGGAAUACAGCUGCGUACAAUACAGAUAACAGUCUACUUAGAAGGCUAACUUCAAUAUCCGACUUGUCUAAUUUGUGUUGGUUGUUGCACUUUUAUAUUAAUUAUUUUAACUCUAUUUCUGAUAUUGAUAUAAAACACUACAUUUAAAAAAUGCAUAAGUGCAUAGUGUGCGGCAAUAGAUAUGAUGACACCAAGAUCAAUCGUCCGGGAGUUAUUUAUCAUGGAAUUCCCAAAGAUGAAUGCAUGAGAAGAAGAUGGCUUAAAGUUUAUGGAAUUGAUCGUUGUUUUGAUUGGCAUCGUAUAUGUAGUGAUCAUUUUUUGGAAGAAAACUAUAAGCCAGGAAAAAAGCGAUUUUUAUUUUCAAAUACUAUUCCCCAACCUUAUAAUCGAAAUGGUUUUCCUUCUAAAUAUGCUACUCAAAGUAAUGGUGUUGAAACUGGAAAUAAUGUAAUUUUACCAAUGGAACAAAAUAUUAUAAAAGAGAAACAUAUUGGAAAUGCUGGUGUAAAUAAUUUAAAAUCACCCAGUCUUACUAGAAACAAUGAAGAUAUGAGUAAUAAAAAUUUGCCGAACCAUACUUUAAGACUUGGAGUGCGAUGUUCCGUUAAAAACUGCUUUAACAGGCUAUCAAAGAAUCUUAGUCUCUUUGGCUAUCCCAAAGAUUUCAAGUUGAGAAAAACAUGUACUCACUUUGAACUCGAUUGUUUCAAGAAUAUUAAAUUAAAGAACAGAUUAAAACCCGAUGCUGUUCCAUCAUUAUAUUUAGAUAAUGCACCUCCUGCUGCUUUGCCUGUGUCAAUUGAUAAGGCGCCUGUUUUGACGAGUACAUGUGAAGUUCAAUUCAUAAGUCAAAUGGAUAUGGAAGCUGCUGGACUGACGUCAGAAAGAAAACAAAACAAUGUAAUAGCACCUCCUGCUGCUUUAGCUGUGCCAAUUGAUGAGGCGCCUGUAUUGACGAGUACAUGUGAAGUUCAAUUCAUAAGUCAAAUGGAUAUGGAAGCUGCUGGACUGACGUCAGAUGGAAAACAAAACAAUGUAAUAGCACCUCCUACUGCUUUGCCUGUGUCAAUUGAUGAGGCGCCUGUAUUGACGAGUACAUGUGAAGAUCAAUUCAUAAGUCCAAUAGAUAGUGAAGCCGCUGAACAGACGUCAGAAGGAAAACAAAACAAUGUAAAAGAUGAUACAGAUAAUACUCCCAUGAUAAUUGACCUUACGAUUGAUGAUUCAUCUAAUAGUUCGUUGUCCAUUACCUUGGAACCAAUUGAGAAAAGAACCUCACAAUGUACUACAAUGGAUGUUUGCAAUACUGAAGAUGUACACGGGCUUAUUUUUGAAUUGUCUAAGGAAGUUGUACUUCCUAGUUUAUAUUGGAAGAGUGAACAUCUUAAUAUUGAAAAUGCAACACGGUUUUAUCAACAAAACGCUAAUGAUGUAACUGUGAAGAAAAUACAUUUUUAUAACAACCUUGUGCCAACUAUACAAAUAUAUGGCAAGGAAUAUGAAUAUAAAACGCCUAUUACAACAAUCAAAGAGUUAGACGAUCUUUUAGAAAAAAUCGAUAGUAUUGAAAAAUGUUAUGGUAGGGGUGGAUUUGUCUUUGAACAAUGUUUAGGGUAUUUUGAAAAUAGUUUAGUUAAUAUGUGUUCUGGCUGUGAAGGGUUGAUAAAAGAUCAAGAUUUGGAAAGAAUGAAAGCAAAAAUUGAAGCUAAAGACAAAGCUCUUGAAAGUCUAAGGAUUAGUAUUGCUGAAAAGCAAAAAAUGGUAUUAAAACUAAGAAAAAAAAUGGCAGAAACCAUAAGAAAUCGUCAACUUACAACGGCUUCAAACCUUUCCGCUGGACCUUCUGGAAUUUCAAAUAUUACAAAGCCAUAAAUAUUAUACAUUGUAAUUGCCAAUUUUAAGUCUAUUUAUUAGACAGUUGUAUUUUUGUUUUUGAAAAAAUUUUAAAAAUUUUAAAUAUUGAAAAUUGGAAUUCAUUGCAGCCUGUAAUAAAUUAUUUUUUAUAUGUUAAAAAAAAAUUAUCAAGUUUUUUUGAUUUUAAAGAACAAUUUUUCAUUGCAUAAUGACGUCUAUGUUCUAAAUUAUUUAUACGCAUGUAUUUAAAUACUUUCUUUUAAUCAAAAACAAUUAUUAAUAUUAUUAAUAUUAUUGUCAUUUUUAAAUUUCCUAUUAAAAAAAAAUAUAUGAAAAAUGUGAGAGUUAAUUCACUAAAUUAUCAUACAUAAUGAUUUCAAAGUGUUACAUUUAAUAAAUAAU